AUGGUGCAAACAGUCUUUUUUGAGGUCAAUACCUCUUCAACGUACCAGUUCGGCAACGAGAAUUUCAAUGCCACAUCCACCUGGGCUGAUGUUUUCACUGGAGACUUUGGAAAUGACAAUGUGACGAUAGAAGGUGUUACACUAUCAGCUAUGGACCUGGCCGUUAAUUUCGGCUUACUCCCUGAUCAUAUUCUUGGCCUGGGCUAUAUUGCAGGCAAGACAUCAGAUGUGCCGGCAGCGAUUCUUCAAGCCUUGAUCGAGAGCGGGUACAUCAAAUCAGCUGCAUAUAGUCCAUGGGUGGACGGGCCGACGGGGACCGAAGGAACUAUUCUUUUCGGUGGAGUCAAUAUGGCGAAGUAUACUGGUGGACUGCAUACUAUGUCUAUCCCGGCAUCCAGUGGGAUACAGUACCUCCCUGUGGCCGGCUUUAGAUUCAAUGGUGUCGCUGACAUUCCUCCCGGACGGUAUUGUGGAGCAGAUUUAUAA